CGAUCCAUGGAUCAAAGUCGUGUGAAUCGAUGGAUAGGAGAAUACUGUUGUUAGAGUAUCUCUCUUCUCCCCACUCUGAUAGAGGAUCCAGAGUUUAUACCUGGUGGAGGCAACUUUCAGCGGGUCGCACUAUAUAAGAGAAUGACGAGACGACCGCCCAUGAUAAAAGCUCGUGUGUGUUGUCAAUCCGGUGUACGUGCUCGUUGUUAACUCUCCCUCUCUACCUUCGUGUUCUCGACAGAAUGUAUCGAGUUUGUCUGCUGUUCGUGGCUGCGACAGCGGUGGCGCAAGGUCCUUAUGAUUUAGAACCAAGAGCUGUAACUCUUUCUGGCAAGCCAACUUUAGGGCCACUUUAUACGUCCGCGUUAGGUGGGGGUCAAGGUUUUCGUGAUAACAGUUACGAAGAUAACGCUGUAACACCUACCCCAUCGUCUGCUCCACUUUAUAGAAAUCCGAACAAUCAACCACCUGUGUAUCGUAAACCAACGUCGUCUCCGUUGGAUGGUUCUCGUGAUUAUCAGUCGAGUAUAAGAGUAGGAGGUGGUCCACCACGUGGACCUCUCCGUGGUGGUGGUCCGAUUGGUCCCAAUGGCCCGAUCAAUGCCGAAGAAAUCGAGGAAGAGAAAGAGGAACCAGAUCGUCUGACGCUUCUUCUUCCUCAAAGUAAAUUCGACUGUGUUGGAAAACAAACUGGAUAUUAUGCCGACGAAGAUUUGCAUUGCGAGGUCUUCCACUAUUGUCACGAAAAUGCGAAACAUUCGUGGAUCUGUCCAGAAGGAUUCACAUUCCAUCAGGUUCAUUUGAUUUGCAUGCCGCCGAGCGGUGAUAUCAGUUGCAAGAAGAGCUCGCAAUAUCAUUUCGUUAACGAGUAUCUCUACAAACCAUUGAACCAAGCCGAAGCUGAAACGAAACCUAACGUGACCUUGAGAUAUAGCGAGAGGUAUUAUCCAGCAGAUAUAUAUACCGAUGAAAGGGAAGCAGGCGAUUAUCAGAUCACUCCUUCGUCAGCACCUGUUCGACGUCCUCUGCAACAGGUUUUCGUCGGUCAAUCAUCAGCAGCGUUAAACAGCAUUCCUUCGUCGGCACGUCCACAAAUACAAGUUCCACAAUUUCGUCUACCGGUGAAUCAAGUUUUUCAUAGCCCCGAGGAAGUGAAUAUACCUCUUCAACAUAGACGACCGCAACCACAACAGCAUCAAGCAAUCAGAAGAUUCCCUCAAGUUCGACCUGCGGAAGAAGACUACGAGUAAACUCUGAGAAUUUCUUUUUCUUUCUUUCUUUCUUUCUUUCUUUUUUUUUUUUUUUUUUAUUCAUUUCUUAAAUUCAUCGACAAAUUCAAAAAUACUCGGAAACGUAUGUUAAUUCGUUUCAAGAUCAUAAUAUUCGUCCCAUUGUCGUCAUUUCAUUUCUCAUAAAUUUUUUUAUCACAACGAUUUUAUUACCCCACGUUUAACGGCAUCAAUUUAUCUGUAGUUAAUGGCAUGAAAGUUGAAGUAUAAGGAUAGAAUCAAUAUUUAUUCCAUUAUUUUUCAGAGUAACAUAUGUAUAUCGUAUAUCUCUCUAUAGUUUGUGUAUUUCUUUUUCUUUCUUUCUUUCUUUGUUUUUGCAUUUUACAUUCGCGAAUAAAAAUUUAAAAGAUUUUCUUUGAUAUCGCACGUUGGCCUAUGAUCGUGUAAUAUAGAACGUAAAAAAUAUUAUUAUUAUUAUUAUUAUUAUUAUUAUUAUUAUUA